GUUAUUUGGAUGUGUUAACAUACAACAAUGUUCAGUAUUAAAACCAUUGUUAUUAUAAUUGCCGUAAAUAUUGUCAAAGCGGAACGUGUGAGCGAAAAUAAACACACUGAUUCGGAAGAAAAAAUAGAACCACACAUUUUACCCGCUGCUAAUAUUCGCCAACUAAACGGUAAACGAUCGGCCGAUACCAGUUUAGGUCCAUCAGAUGAUUAUGGAUCAAUAGAAUAUGAUGAAAUGGAUAAUGAACAUUCAAAACGCUUUGCAGACAAUCAAGACGAGCAAAUUAACGAAGACAGAAAUUCUUAUUUAGAAGAAAAAAAUACUGACGACGAAGAAAGAUCUGCAAAUGCAAAUGGAGAUAAUAGGAAUGAUAAAGAUGAAAACAUUGAUUCAACUAAAAGUGAUAUGAUGACACAUCACGUUAUAUUAGAUACUAAAGGCAGAUCGGCUACUGAAGAUGCGAUGCAAGAGGAUUUUAAGUCACCUGUACGUGAUGUUAGGCGUUUCGAAGACCCAAGACUUGUUAUCCAAAACACAAACCAUCAACCGUGUAGCGCUGGGAAUAAAGUUUGCAGAUCAAUAACGGAUCCUUCAAGGAGCGGAUUCCUGAACUCUUACUUCCCCACAAUGUCAAGACCUGGAUUGCUCCAACCGCUAUAUACCGUUCAGCAUCCUCUGCUUCAAACAAAUCCAGAAUUGCCUACGCCCUUCCUUAAUUCACCUAUAAUUGAAAAGGAAAAUUUACCAUUCGUGAACAUCAAUUCGUAUCCUUACCAGACGCCUUUAACGAGAAUGGUGGAAACUGACUAUCAAGCGGGAUCUGGCUUAGAUGUAUUGAAGAAAUUGGUAGAGGCUACAAACUCAGCUUUGACUCCCAAUGAACCAGUUGCUUAUCUUGAGAAUUAUCCUAUGAACCUUCCUGGAAGAUUUCGCCGGUCAGCUGAGAUAAAAAUUAAUCCACUUGUUACCAUCGUCCUUCCGAAAGGACAACAGUUAGAUAAAAUUCCUAGAAUGAUUAAUUGGGGUAAAAUAUAUAACUUUUGUUGCUGAUGAUGAUAUUAUUGGGUAUUCGUCGCGGAACAUGGCCAUUUAUAAAAUAUGGCUUAGGUAGGUAGGUAUAUAUUGUAACCAAAAGGAAGAAGGUAAUAAAAAUAAUGUUUUGUGAAAUUAAAUUAAUGACAUUCAAUGUUAAAAGGCGAGA